ACUUUUUCAGCUCAGAAAAUUUUGGGACUUUUUUUUGCUGCAUUUUUUGGUUCCGAAUUUUCUCCUCCGCCUUUUUUAAUUUUUGGUAAGUUUCGAUAUCUCUCAAUUUUCUUAUUUCGGAAAUAAAAAAAAUUCUCGCCCUUUUGCAAAUCAAUGGAUUGAUCUUGAAAUCGUCAUUUCUGAAUCGGGUACGAGAGAUCCAGUAAUCCUCUGCGAUUGAAUUAUUAUUAGGGUUCAUAUUCCGAAUUGGGGAUAGUCUGAAAAUUGCUAUUUUAAGCUCUCUUCUUAGUGUUGGUUGGUUUAUUCUGGAUAAUAAAAGGGAUCCUAAUUCUCGCUAAAUUCUCAUGUUCAAACGAGUAGAUGAGUUUAAUUUAGUUUCUUCAACGAUCGAUCACAGAAUCUUCAAAAGUAGAAUGGAUGGAUCAGGCACAGGCAGUAGAAGUGGGGUAGAAUCGAUUCUACCAAAUUACAAGCUUGGGAGAACUCUUGGUAUUGGUUCCUUUGGUAGGGUGAAGAUAGCUGAGCAUGCAUUGACAGGACAUAAGGUUGCUAUCAAGAUCCUCAAUCGUCGCAAAAUCAAGAACAUGGAGAUGGAGGAGAAAGUGAGGAGAGAGAUCAAAAUCUUGAGACUAUUUAUGCAUCCUCACAUCAUCCGUCUCUAUGAGGUUAUAGAGACUCCCACAGAUAUUUAUCUUGUCAUGGAGUAUGUGAACUCUGGUGAGCUAUUUGACUAUAUUGUUGAGAAGGGUAGAUUGCAGGAGGAUGAGGCGAGGAACUUUUUUCAGCAGAUAAUAUCAGGAGUGGAAUACUGCCAUCGAAACAUGGUGGUUCACAGAGACCUCAAGCCUGAAAACUUGCUUUUGGACUCUAAAUGCAAUGUAAAGAUUGCUGAUUUUGGCCUGAGCAACAUAAUGCGAGAUGGUCAUUUUUUGAAGACAAGUUGUGGAAGUCCAAAUUAUGCCGCUCCAGAGGUAAUUUCGGGCAAGUUAUAUGCUGGCCCUGAAGUAGAUGUCUGGAGCUGUGGUGUGAUACUCUACGCUCUUCUCUGUGGGACGCUUCCAUUUGAUGAUGAAAACAUUCCCAACCUUUUUAAGAAGAUAAAGGGAGGGAUAUACACAUUACCUAGCCAUUUAUCUCCUGGUGCUAGAGAUUUGAUCCCCCGGAUGCUUGUAGUUGACCCCAUGAAACGAGUAACCAUCCCUGAGAUCCGGCAACACCCUUGGUUCCAAGCUCAUCUUCCGAGGUAUUUAGCUGUUCCUCCUCCAGAUACUGUGCAACAGGCAAAAAAGAUUGACGAGGAGAUUCUCCAAGAAGUUAUCAAUAUGGGAUUUGACAGAAACCACCUCAUCGAAUCGCUCCGCAACCGAACCCAGAAUGAUGGCACUGUGACGUACUAUCUGAUACUGGACAAUCGUUUCCGUGCCUCUAGUGGUUAUCUCGGGGCUGAGUUUCAAGAGACCAUGGAAGGUACUCCCCGUAUGCAUCCAGCAGAAAGCGUUGCUUCACCUGUUAGCCAUCGGCUUCCAGGACUGAUGGAAUAUCAAGGAGUUGGCUUGAGAUCUCAAUACCCUGUUGAGAGAAAAUGGGCUCUUGGACUUCAGUCUCGGGCUCAUCCCCGUGAAAUAAUGACGGAAGUCCUGAAAGCCCUGCAAGAUUUGAAUGUAUGUUGGAAGAAGAUAGGGCACUACAACAUGAAGUGCAGAUGGGUUCCUAACAGCAGCGCAGAUGGUAUGCUCAGUAACUCGAUGCACGAUAACAACUACUUUGGAGACGAGUCCAGCAUAAUAGAGAACGAAGCAGCUGUUAAGUCGCCCAAUGUUGUCAAGUUUGAAAUUCAGUUGUAUAAAACUCGGGACGACAAGUAUCUACUGGAUUUGCAGAGAGUACAAGGUCCUCAGUUCUUGUUCUUGGAUCUGUGUGCUGCUUUUCUUGCUCAGCUCCGAGUCCUCUGAAUACUAAACCGGACCUCUUCAAGAAUAAUCCCCACUUAUUCCUUUUUUUUUUUUUUUCUUAUUCGUCUAAGAAAUUAUUUAGAAAACGUAACCCUUUUUUUCUUCUUCUCUUUCUUUCUAUUUCUAUAUGCGUGCUCUACUCAAAUACCUCUUUUAACUUAAAUGUAAGACUGAGCAAGAGUAAAAAAAAGACACUUUGUACAUAACUUGUAGUGCAUCAUGCCACCAAGAUUGAUUUUUGUUUUUGUUUACUCCA